AUGCCCCUCCCCCGCAUCGCCUGCUUCCACGGCGGCGGCUCCAACUCCCAAAUCUACGAGAUGCAAUGCUGCCAGCUUGCCGAGCUCCUCAAGCACGAUUUUCAGCUCGUCUACUUCGACGGCCCGUUCGACCGCCCCGCGGGGCCGGGCGUCCUCCCCGCCUUCCGUGACUACGGGCCCUACCACUCGUGGUUCAAGACAGAUACGUCAUCUAUCCUGGGCAGUCUCUGCGGCAGCGAACGGUCCGACGGUAGCGGUUUCGACGAACAAAACACAGACGGGGUGGAGCGCGUGUUGACUCUGAUGGCGAACGACAAGACCGGGGCCGGCGGGCCGUGGGUGGGCGCCAUAGGAUUCAGCCAGGGCAGUCGCGUGGUGGGGGGAUUGUUACUCGCACAGCAGCAGCGGCAACAGCAACAAGAAAAGCAACAAGAAAAGCAACAAGAAAGCAGCAGGACAAACAUCAGGCUCCAGUUCGGGGUGCUAUGCAUGGGAUCCGGGGCACCGAUGGAGUCGAAAGGCGUCAAGAGCAGCGAGCUGGUGCGGAUGCCGACGCUGCAUGUGCACGGACUAAAGGACAUGUUCCUUCCGCUGGGACGGCACCAAUUCAGCACGUAUUACGACACGGAGCGGGCUCAGUUAUACGAAGUGGACUAUCAUCAUGCGAUGCCUUGGGUGAAGCACGAGGCGCAGGAGUUGGCGGCGUUGAUGCGGAAGUUAUACCGUGAGACAAAGGAUGCAUGA